AUGCAAGCCUGCUUGGAAACCUGGUCUGACAGAAGAUAUAAAAAAGAGAAGACUCGCCUUCGCCCUGAGCCACUGGCAUUGGACUCUAGAGGACUGGAAGAAUAUUGUAUGGACCGACGAGACAUCAACUUGAAACUCUCAUAUCAACUCACUCAACCCUCACAUCUCUCAUCCUACUCAAUCCUCGCCUCUUACCUCUCACACCAAAUCACUCAAACUCAAAUGGCUAGAACCAAAGUGUCAGCUCGACGAAUCGUUAAGAGAGGGUCAUUUAAGACUUUACCUGGCGGUCCCAGACCUGUGUCAAAAGCCUUCCUCUUCUGA